AUGCAUUCUCAAACAGUUUUGUACCACCAGACACAGGUGAGAGGUUUCCCCAUCGUCACCAACUUUGCUGACCAGCACAGCACCUACGAGGUGAUUUUUCGAAUGCCUUGGAUGCAAAUGAGUCAACAGAUUGCAGACAAACAAGUUGCAAGGUCCCCAGUUCCUGACACCAUCUGCUACUAUGGCAGCUGCUAUGGAGGCCUGGGCUAUGGAUAUGGGGGCUUCAGGGGACUAGGCUGUGGCUGUGGCUAUGGCUCCGGAUUUGGAGGCUGUGGCUGUGGCUAUGGAGGCUGUGGCUCCAGGUUUGGAGGCUGUGGCUGUGGCUAUGGUUCUGGAUUUGGAGGCUAUCACUAUGGCUAUGGAUGUGGUUGCUGA